AUGUCAUCUGCCCUCUCUGUUCGAACCUACGGCGAGGAAACCCACCUCCCCAUCACUAUCCACAAGGCUGUGAUCCGGGCCACGGAUCCCAUUCCGUUCCUGAACAAAUCCAGCGUCAGCUUGGAAUUGCAUCUCACCAACGAAUGCGUGAAACGGGACAAUGUGACGGCCAAGCUGCACUUGACGUUGCCCAUUGGAGCGUCGGUCAAGAAAUUUGAAAUACAACGCGAUGGCAAUCUGUGGUAUCCCGCCACGGCAGUCCCCAAGGAGAUUGCUAAGAAGAUCAUUUACAAGGAAAAAGAAAUGGGCCGAGCCGUGGCUGCCGUUUCCAAUACAGCCAACAGCAGUAAUGUCUUUGAAAUUGAAGUUUCUCCGUUGCCUUACCAAAAAGUAACCCUUUGUCGGCUGGAAAUCUUGACGGAUGGGAGUGCCUUUGAGUUGCUCAGUAAUCUUCAGGGUGACGCCGAUUUGGAUCUGAGCGCUACCUCCCUCGACAGCUCCUUCUUGGAACACAGCUCCUCUUCCUUGGGCGACAGCAUGGACAGGUUGGAUUCCAGCUCUAAUACCAAUGGGAAAAGGAGCAGCAAAGAGCGCAAAGACAAAAAGAAGGAGAAAAAGGAGAAAAAGGAAAAGAAGGAAAAGAAGAGCAAGCGCAAGAAAAAGGCAAAGUUGGACGCCACCGCCAACAAGCCCAAAGAAAUCCAUAUUGAGGAAGUGCAGUACAAACAGGCUUUUGACCGGGCCUUUUCGGCCAAGGACGCAGGGGCUUUGGUGGGAACAUCCUUUGGCAAGACACACUUUGCCUGCAAUGUGCCUGCCAUGGGUUGUUUGAAUCAAGAGGGCGACGAAACGAUAAUCAUCAAUCCGCUGGGCCAUGUGGCUAUAUUUUGGGAUGUAUCCGCAUCGCAAAGGAGCGACGAUGCGGUAGCUCUUCGAUGUGCUCGGUUGCAGGAAUUGUUUGCCAAAGCAAAGACGCAUACGGUCGAGCUCUAUUCCUUUGGGAUGGGUGCUCCGGAACUGCUGGGUGUCUUUCUGAGCAAGGACUGUGAGUUUGCGGAUCUCUUUAGCGAAAUCCAGGCCAUUUCCUACGAUGGAGGGACAGAUCUGGCCAUGUUGCCCACGGCAAUCUCAGACCUGGCCAAAAAGGGAAACGUCGAGGCGGCAUUGAUAUUUACCGACGGAGCCGACAACUUGGGCCGGACGCCCGAUUUCAACGAUGGGACCAUGGCGGACAUUCGUUUCCCCGUGCAUUGCAUCGCCGAUACAAAGGAGGUCAACAUGGAGUCACUCAAAACUCUUGCGGCUGCUUCUCCCUGGUCACCGGGCACGGUGCUUAUGAGAAAAGCAAAGAGCUAUUGUGUCAAGGGUCUCCUCUACCGACAGCCGGUCCUACAGUCCAUCACCUCCGACCAGGACGACGACGCUCUCAUGGAAGACGUUGACGAUGGCUUUCGUUGUGUCCCCGACCACCGCCUGUGCAUUUUGAAUCAACCCAUUCCAGCCAAGGGCACUGUCAUUGCCGGUAUGCUGGGGGAUACCGUAACACAGCUAACCGCCAAUGUGGCGGUGGGAGGAAAAAUCCACCGGUUCCGCUACAAUUUACGAAAGAAAGAGAACGGUCAGGCUGCGCUGGAGGAGGAGGAAGAAGAAGAAGCCAAGCAUGACGGAACCACACUAUACAACUGCCCAACGAUCUUCCUUGAGCAAGACGACCAGGGCACCAGCGAUACGACAAACGCCUUGCCGGAGGACCCCGCGGCACGCAUCCUUGGUCAUGUGUACGCGGAAGAACUCUAUAGAGAGGCUCAGGACUUUGAGAUCAAGUCGGGUACCUCCACAAAGCGCAUCAGGGAAGAUCUGGCCAUCUCCUACGGGUUUUGCUCUCCAGAAUCAACACUGCUGAUGCUCUACGAACCCGCGCAAUUCACCGAACACAACCUUUGGCCACCGGUAGAGCACCCCGCCGCCAGGCACAUGCCGCCACGCCCCAAAGAGCCUGUUCGUGCUGCCGCAACAGUAUAUGCUCCUGGACAGAUUGGAGGUGUCAAAGACGAUAAGCAAAAAGCCGAGGUCCAGAAGCUCGCGAGCAAGUUGAAUGGAUUGGAGACUGAAGAAACUCGCCGCCGAGAAGCAAGCGAAAGAAAUCGCCGCGCGGCCGAGCAGUGGAGAAAGCGACAAGCACUGGAAACUAGGCUCCGCAAAGAGGCGGAAAGAAAGAAGAAGGAAGAGGGGGCACGAAAUCAACGGAAAGCGGCCGCGAAGAAGCAGUACGAUGAGGAGCAAAGGAGAAUCCGAGAGGAACAGGAAAGAAAACAAAGAGAGGAGCAAGCCAGGAGAAAUGCCGAAAAGAGGCUGCGAGAGGCAGAAGCGUUAGUGUCCGAGGGGAAAUUUGGCUGCGUGAAUGAAGCAAUGAAAUACCUGGAAAAGAAAGCAUUGGAUGAGCUGGGACUUGACUGGAUCCGAAAAACUGACCCCCCAUUGGACGACAUCGACGAGCCGGUUCUGAUGGCGCUGUCAAAUUUGUCUGGGGCCCCGCUGCCGUCGUGCGCCACGCUCCAGGCAGGCAAGAAGAAGGUUGUCGAGGAUGCGUUGGGUUGGCUCCGCAGCAACGAGCCCCGAUUGGAAACCCUCGACACCCCGACAUUGGAGUCUUUCGCCUCGCUGGCUGGUGUGCCCAUGCAGGCAAAACAUGCCAAACACGAUAAGAAGAGCGGCAUGGAGGAUUCUCUCGACAGAUUCCUUACCAACUUGCCGGAGAAAAAGCAGACAGCGACGAAGCCCAAAAAGCCGCUCGAGCCCAAAGACCCGAAGGAAUACAUCAAAUCCUUGGACAAGGCACUUAAGAAAGACGACGAAGAGAAGUGGAAGCGCAAGUACAACCGUGAGAUCGAGUCCUACGGCGGUCACCGAACGGCGUCUCCGUCUCUCUUUUUGAACACGGCGCGCAUUCUGAUUCAGUACGGCAGGCCAACGGAGGCCAUUCGGAUAGCUGCCAACUGCCUCGAGAGUGGGCUCAGCGAUGUGCAAAUGUUGCGAUCUGUCGGAUAUUUGAUGCUCUCCACAGACACGGUGUACGGCCUCGAUUUUGCAAUCGAGAUCUUUGGAAAGGUCAACGCUCUGGCUCCUCUUGAGCCCCCGAGUUUCAUCGACUCGAGUCUCAGUCUCUACUACAAGACUUGGAAGAAUUUCACUGCUUUCAAGGCGAGCGGGGAAAACGGACAAACUGAUGGCGAGGCACAAACCUUCUGCAAACACAUGAUCAUGGCGCAGGAUGGCUUGGUUCAUAUAUUGACUCAUUGCUGGGCCGAUAGAUUCAAAGAGGUCGAGUGGCCUGCGCUGGUCCUGCUCAACUACAUCGCGGGACUCGCUCAAGAAAUCAACUCGAACGUCAUGCCAGGGCUGGUAGCAGAGUGGCCCAUGGAGCUGAGCCUCUUCUACCGCGAGCAAGGGCAAAGCAACGCGGACGCACUGCGCGGGGAAAACUUUGACCCUGCACUGAUGGUGUGGCUUGCCUGGGACACGGACAAAACGGAUGUCGAUCUUCACGUCGUUGAGCCUUCUGGGCGCGAGGUUUACUACAAGAAGCAGGAAGGAACCGCCAGUGUGGUCAGCAGGGACUUUCGACAGGGCUACGGACCCGAGGUCUACCUGGCCUAUUCAAGAAGGUAUGCUCUUCACGGGAAGUACGACGUCUUGGCCAAGUAUUAUGCCUCCCACCAAGACAGCAAAUUGACAGGCACGACAAGCGCAGUUGUCUGGACAAUUGAGACUGGAUAUGACGGACAAAAGUGCAUCAAUUUCAGCUUUGUUCGGCUCGACACCAAGCAAGAGAAGACGCACGUCCUCUCCGUGAAGUUUGGCCACGAGUUGGCCAACAACUAG